UCUUUGAUGGUGGCUCACCUCCGACAUGCAGUGUUGCUUUCGAAUUACUGUUCUGGCAGUGGAAGUGGGAAAUGUGGCUGACUUUUGCAUUCCGGCUAUCACAGUCCUCACUCCACAGGCCUGGCGCAAGCGCUGGUUUGUCCUGCGCCGGGGCCGCAUGAGUGGCAACCCUGAUGUUUUGGAGUACUACCGGAACAAGCACUCCAGCAAGCCUAUUCGCGUGAUAGACCUCAGCGAGUGUGCCGUGUGGAAGCACGCGGGCCCUGGCUUCGUUCGGAAGGAGUUCCAGAACAAUUUUGUGUUUAUUGUCAAGACCACUUCCCGUACAUUCUACCUAGUGGCCAAAACUGAGGAAGAAAUGCAGGUGUGGGUGCGCAGCAUCAGUCAGGUCUGCAACCUGGGCCACCUGGAAGAUGGUGCAGCAGAUUCCACAGAGAGCCUCACUCACACACCCUCCUCCCUCCAGCCGUCCCCUGCCAGCUCCCUUCAUACCGCCCGUGCUGGGAGCUCCUCCUUGCCAGGAGAUGACCCAAACGCUAAUGCAGCGGCCGCUGAGGAAACCAGGAGUGAGUCAGAGUUUCUCUUCCUUCCUGAUUAUCUGGUUCUGUCCAACUGCAAGACUGGAAGACUGCAGCACACCAGGUGUGAUAGCUGGUCAAACUCAGACCGCUCAUUAGAACAGACUUCAUUCGAUGAUGUUUUUGUGGACGGCCUCCAGCCACUCCCGUCCAGUAACUUGGUCCACCCCUCACGCUACGGGAAUGGAUUUCAGGAGGUGCCUUCCACAAGACCCCAGGCUGCUCUGAUCUGGAAUAGAGAAGUCAAUGGGCCAUUCAGGGACCACUUGUCUUCAUCAUUGCUGGAAACACCCAUAAAUUCCACCAUUCAGGCAGAUAAAAACCAAGUUUCUCUGCCCUGUAGGGCAAAAGAACAAGCCACGGUGUGCAACACUCCGCCACCCCGCCCUCCUAAGCCAAGCCAUCUCUCUGAACGGCGCCCAGGGGGACAGCUCUCGUGGAGUGGGCACAACAGCAGCAAGAAGCCAGAAUGCACCCUGGUACCCAGGAGAACCUCUCUGUCUGGUUUGGACCACAUUAGGGCCUGGAAAGCUGAUGUAGAAGGCCGAUACUUAAGACACCGAGACAAGCGGCUUAGUUUAAAUCUGCCUUGCAGGUGCUCCCCGAUGUACUCCACAGCUGCAGCCAGUGCUGAAGACAGCUACAUACCCAUGAGCCCCCAGACUAUGGCCUCUAGUCUUGGUCCCCACUGCAGUCAGGAUGACUACAUUCUGAUGAGCUCAGGAAGCAUCUCAAGCCCACUGCCUGAGCUACCUGCAGACUUGGAACCUCCCCCAGUGAAUAGAGAUCUCAAGCCUCAAAGGAAAUCACGGCCACCUCCCCUGGACCUGAGAAACCUCUCCGUCAUCCAGGAGCACGCAUCGCUAAGCAGGACCCGCACUGUGCCUUGCAAUCGAACCAGCUUUCUCUCUCCAGAAAGAAAUGGUAUUAAUUCUGCAAGAUUUUUUGCCAAUCCUAUUUCCAGAGAAGAGGAGGAAAGCUACAUUCAAAUGGAGGAGUAUCGGGCAGCCAACUCCCUGAACAGUGGUGCUUUUCCCUGGACAAAGAAAUUCAGCCUGGAUUAUUUGGCCCUAGACUUCAAUUCAGCAUCACCAGUCCCCACACAGCAGAAACUUCUCCUUUCAGAAGAGCAAAGAGUAGACUAUGUCCAAGUGGACGAGCAGAAGACCCAGGCUCUUCAGAGCACUAAGCAGGAGUGGACAGAUGAGAGGCAAUCCAAAGUGUGAGAGUGCAGGACAGAGGAGAAGGCUCUCAAGCUUUCAAGUCGGGAAGGUCACCAGCCCGGGAUGCUUCUAAGAUUUCCUUGAAAGGGUGGAGCCCUCUGGUCCAGCAUACAAUCCAGCUAUGAAGGCACAAAGCAAUCCUGUUGGUGGUGUUGUUUGGGCCACUUUACCCUGGAGCAUGGAUCAGCUGCAUUACUGCACCCAAGACCAGGCUGAGGACUCCCGUCGGGCCUGCCUUUCUCCUCUUAAUGAUUUCCUCAGCCUCCAUUCAUAUAAUCUCUGUACCCACAGUUACACUGAUUUUUCACAUUCACUGUGCUUUCAUUGUUUCACUUUUGGCAUUAAUAAGUCUUUUAAGAAUGAA